AUGGCGUCUGAUAGUAUUGUCAUCGUCGGGGCGGGAAUCAUUGGCCUAGAUGUCGCUCUCGUUCUCUCCCAGCAAGGCUACGGAAAGAACAUCACAGUCAUAGCCGAGUACCUCCCCGGCGACACUUCACCAUCAUACACAUCUCCCUGGGCUGGGUGCAACUUUUCCGCCAUUUCUGGCACUGACGCCAACGCGAUAAAAUGGGAUCGCCACGGCUAUGCGCACUUGAAGAAGUUGGCUGCAGAUGACUCUGAUGACUCUUUCGUAAAGAGGACACCUUCAAUUGAGUUCUGGGAUGAUAACGUCCCGCAUGACAAGAUCAAGGCUAUGGCGGAUUAUCUCGAUGACUUCCGAGCUCUGUCUGCCCAAGAGCUUCCCGAUGGUGCCAAGUUCGGCUGUGAGUUCACCACAUUGACCGUCAACGCGCCAGCUCACUGCUUGUACUUGUACAAGAAGCUGAGAGAGGAAUACGGCGUACGAUUUAUCCGACGAAAGCUCGGGAGCAUCCAUGAGGCAUAUAACAACCCUUCCACGAAGGUCGUCUUCAACUGCACGGGUAAUGCAGCAAAGACACUGGCAGGCGUGCAAGAUGAGAAGUGUUAUCCCACUCGAGGUCAAGUCCUUCUCGUUCGAGCAUCGCAUGUCAGUACCAACGUCAUGCGUCACGGGAAGGACUACGAGACCUAUGUGAUUCCGAGACCUGGAUCAAAUGGCAAUGUAAUUUUGGGAGGAUACAUGCAGAAGGGCAAUGACGCAACGUACUCUUCUGAAAGCGAGUCCAUUCUUCAAAGAACAACGGAGCUAAGCAAAGAGCUUCAGCAGAAGGAACCUGAGGUCUUGGCUGCGUUUGCGGGCAUGCGACCAUCUCGCGAGGGUGGCGCAAGAAUUGAGCGCGAUGAGAUCCCCGUCAAUGGAGAAAGACGCGUGAUUGUGCACAAUUAUGGUGCUGGUGGUACAGGCUUCCAAGCUGGAUAUGGUAUGGCAUUGGAUGCUGUCAAGAGCAUCGAGGAUAUUCUAAGCACUCUUUCUACCAGAUCAAGAUUGUAA